CUUGAAUGAUUUGUUCAGUUUCUUACUUAUGCAUCACGAUGGCAAAUACACCGAUUGCUCUUUCACGUACGAUUAUAAGCUUGUGGAUUGGAAUACAAGCCUACAGGCCUCAGGUGACAUCGUUCAGUUCGUUGAGGGACAACUAUGUAAUGGCUUAUGAGAACAACACAUGGGCUGAUAAUCAAAUGAAGAAAGCACAAAAUAAAUGCAGAGAAUAUACACGAUACGCCUGCCUGUAUAAAACACCUAAUGCAAAAAAUGUCCAUAUGGAUCGAAUACUGAAUGGAGAAUAUGUUUCUGAAGGGAUGCUUCCUCACAUGGCAUUUCUACUAUUCAUUCUUGGAAGAAAUAGGGGGAGGACUUGCUCUGGUACGUUGAUCAGCGAAAAAUUUGUGAUGACAGCUGCUCAUUGUACGUUUGGCACCGUUUGUGCAGGGAGACAAGUUAAAAUCAAACUGGGAAGUUUGGACACCACUAACGAUAGGACCGGCCGUUGGUAUGGUGUUGAUCACAUCUACGACCACCCGUAUUUCAAGGAUGCAGAUGCAGAUAGGAUUAGGAGUGCAAAAGCCUGGCCUCACGAUAUUGCCCUAAUAGAACUAUCCGAAACAGUGCAUUUUAAUCGAAACAUCAGACCGAUAUGUUUGAACACUAAUUACGAGAUUAGCGAGUACAAUAGUGCUAUUGCCGCAGGGUGGGGUCAUACUGAGCAUGGACAAACCAACUUUCUCAAAAUGGUUGAAUUACAAUUGAAGGAAUCGCACUGUGAUCUUGCUUACCAAGAACAUAUUGUAUACUCUGACAUAGCCAAAUCAUACACCAUUUGUGCCGCAGAGGACCAAAAAAACAUUUGUAUGGGUGACUCCGGAGGACCUCUACAUGUUCUGAUGAAUGAUACAUGUCCAAACAUGUAUGAACAAAUUGGGGUAGCUGCGAAUUCAGUAGGAGAGUGUUCGUUAAAUUGUACUUACAGUUUAGCGAUAUUCACAAAAGUUUCACUUUAUGUUCCUUGGAUUGCUAGCAUUGUUUGGCCUGAAGAAGGCGGAACAUGAAAGUAUAACAUUAAGUAUGUACCUUACCUACUACCUAUCGUCGAAGAAUUUCAUCGAUCAAUAAAUUUUAUUAGAUGCAAAUGCAUCACCGUAAAGGAAGAGAGCCAUUUCUUAAUUGAUGAAAUAUUAUCAAUUUUAGAUUGUCAAAUACACAACCAAAGUAUACUAUACACAUUCAAUAUAUUUUCGACUACGUA